UUCACAGACUACGUUAAUCAUAGCAUAGACCACUAACAGAUGGUAGAUUUUAAUGUCAAAUGUCAAAAUUAAUAUGGUGUCAUGUUAUGCCAAGUCAAAUUCAAAAUUUCAAAUUCUUGCUUUGCUAACUGAAACAAAAGACAAAUUAUUUUUAAAUUUGAUUUGUUCUAAUCCUAAGUUACAAAUAGUGUUUGAUUGAGCUCUGUGAUAUUAGGCGAGAUAAAUCUAAAAUGAGUUUAUUAAGUGCGGUGCUACAAGAGGCGGACAAGGCCAACACUGAGGACUUUUCAAAACACCGCAAUGUUGUUUUCCCCAAAAUAAAAGAACUCACAGAAAAAUCACAAGCUCUAUCGUGGUCCUUACAAGAGAAUCUGAUCGACACAUACAUUACUUACUCACCUACGAAGAGUCUCGAACAACUGAACUACAGGACUAGAAAAUCCAACUUAUUUGAAGACCAUGAAAAGUUAAAAACCGAAGUCGAAUCUUUAGAAAAAACGUAUGAUGUUGAUGAUGAAUUUAAAAAAGCUUUUAUUAAAAUGAUAACAACCUUUGGAUUACUGGAAAAUCUUUGCAUUGCCGUUGAAGCUAAACGUGAUCUUGAAAUGGCUAAUCAUGAAUUUGCUAGAUACCAAUACUGUGCAGCCAUGAUGCGCGUUACGGAGUUACGAAAGCAACUCAAAACUUUGAAACUUGAAGAUAAGACCUCUGCAGCUCUGUCUAACAUCAUAGCUCAGGCUGAAAACCAGUACUCCAUAUAUUCCUCUAACCUAAGUGUAGAGUGGGAGGAUAUUUUCAGCUGGUCUGAGAAAAAGGGUGUAUAUCACCUCACCUACUCAUUGUCGGUCCAACAAAGUGACCCAGUAGUUAUCCAAAAUGUACUGAAAACCUUAUAUGCAACUAACAGACUGAAUCUCGAACUUGGGCUAUUUUCUAACUUCUUCAUUCAGAAAAUCUUACAUAAUAUAAUUAGGCACAACUGCAUCAUCUUCGGAAAAGAUGAGAUAGCGCCCAAUCAUACUUUUGUGUGUAAUAUAAAAAUAGACUUAGAAGAUAAGUCAAAGCCUACUUUUCAAACUGUGUUCAUCAAUCUUAUGGGGGUGUUUGACUUUCUGCAGUCAACACUUGGCACUCAGCUGGAUGCGGAGAAAACAUUCAUAGCAGUGUUUGCCGACUCCAUCCGAGGCAGGUUCUUUAACAAGAUAAUUGAAGACUGUAUCAGGAACAACCUGCCGUCCUGCAACAGCAGUUACCAGAACUACAGCAACCUGGUUGUAGAACUGGACUCCUUCAACAAGUUCUUGGUUGACCUCAAGUUUGUAGCGGCUGACGAAUCUCCUUUGAACAAGUUCGUGAACAAUACAGAACUGGUUUUGUAUAAUAAGAAAUGUGAUAAGCUACUGUCAGAUGUGCGAAGCCUGCUUAAUGAAAGCCUCUCCUAUGGCACUAUAACUGUUGGGGUCACAGUUUGUAGCAACAAUGAGUCAGUUUUAGACGUGACUGACAAAGAAGUUUGGGACUUGACUAAGCCACUGUUGCUUCCCAAAUGUGUUGUUUCGCAGAAUGUGAAGAAGAUCAUGAUGACUAUUGUUGAGCAUCUGGUGGAGAGCAUCAAGUUGCCUAUGAACUACACCACACAGCUCAUUGCGUACAUCAAGAGCAUUGCCGUCAUGUACCAGAGUGUGGUGCCCAAGAAGUUUAAAGUCAACCUGGAGUGCUGCCCUUUGGAUAUAGCAUUAUUCUUCAACAACUGUUUCUAUCUGGCCCAUGGUCUACUGGGCCCGCCCUGGCAGAACAUACUGCCGGCCGCUGUGGCCGAGCACCUGACUACAGUGGCCGCAGAGUGUAUCCAGGAUCUGAGGGUGCUUGGUCUAGAGAAGAUAUCACUCUACUUGCAGAAUCAAAAAGCUAUAAUUAUAAAGAAUAUUCAGCCAGAUGAAUUAACACCAUGGAACCAAGACACCUUUGAUCAGUUUGAUGGUGCUAUCAAUGACGCCUUAACCCUAAUGAAGGAUCUGAAACAUAACUGGCUACAUAUCCUACCAUCUCGCAUGUACAACCUGUCUGUUUGCAUGCUGAUCCAAGUGUUAUGUCAGACGGUACUACAGAGGGUCUUUGCUAAUAGUCAAGCCGUUGAUGAAGACAUCAUCUACAUGAUUGCAGUCAGGCUGGAAGAUAUAAAACAAGAAGUUUUGGAGCUGUUUGAGGAGCCGAUUGAAUUCGAGAAGAAGAUAGACAUUUGGUCCAAGUUCGUCAAAAUGCCUCUAGUACUGAAGGCGCAAUUGCUUGAACUAUCCCGUCUCUGGAACCAAAACAAGGAUCUGUCUCAGUCAUACUCCUGCGAGGAAGUGAGACAGAUAAUCAAGAUGAGAUUCCCCGAUGAUAAGUAUAGGCUUAAGAUUUUAAUGGAAAUACAGUGAUCGAAGUAAGUGCA